AUGAACGGAUUCCCGUACUAUCAAAACUUGGGCCUCAUUGCUUUCGGUUACGCCAUUCCCUCACCGAACUCCAACCAAACCGAAAUUCGAUUGGCCUGUGAUAUGUUCAUGUUCCGUGCGAACUUGGAUUUGAAGCUGAUUUUCCUAGAGGGGAGGAUUUCCUCCAUCACGGGAUUUCAGCCACAAGAACUCGUUGACAAAACCCUGUAUCAGCUGGUUCACGUGGUGGACUCACUGGCUUUACGUCGCUCGCACGAAACGCUGUUGAUCAAAGGUCAGGUAACCACUCCAUAUUAUCGGCUGCUUACCAAGCAAAAGGGCUGGGUGUGGAUGCAAUCCUAUGCAACUAUCGUACAAAACACUCGCUCGUCCCGACCGAAUUGUGUGGUCAGCGUGAAUUAUUUGCUGUCCGGUGUGGAACAUAGAGAUAGCUCGUUCACCAUGGAACAGCUCAACCUGGACAACGCGCAAACUCUGUCGGACAAAAGUGGGAUCACCAUAGACAGUGAUCGUUCGGCCUCGCGUUCCACCAAUUACCGACAAGCGGCCUUACACUCACAAGAAUGCUCAAUGGAAGGCCCACCAACCAAGAGAGAACGCCGGUUUAUCCCAGUCAUAUCCACGACUAUGGGUAUCCCUCCACAACUGCCACGCACGGCCUCGCAUGAAUCUGUCAGUCAUAUCCAUGGAUACGCACAGUGCUCGCAUGAGAGCUCCUGCGCGACUUCACACUACCGUUCUCCGGGUUACUAUUCCUCCUAUUCUCUCCAUGAUCCGAUAGCUGGGAAAGAGUCAGCGGCUGUUGUGGCUGAUUCCACAAGCUCACCGUGCCAGUCGAUGUGGCCUCGCUUGUGUACUUCGCCCGUCCAUCAAGAUGAAAACCAUGUGGAUGCAUGGCAUACUUGCACUUCUCUCCAGCGAAACGCUUUGAUACACGAACAGCGUUAUGAACCAUGCACCCAUUCACCAGAUUCCAUCGUCGAAGCAUCGCGGAAAAUUCCCUCGUAUCUGGGUCUAAUUUCUAGGACACUUCCAGAGUCAGGACAGUCAAGGGAGACUCAUGCAGCACUCCAUCCGAAUACACAGCAUUUCCAUCAGAUAGAUAGUGAGUAUGCUCAUAAAUCCGUGCACUUGAUACACAACGUGGGACGUAAUGAAGCGAAGCAGUCUCAUUUAAUACGUAGGAUACAACCGGAGAGUUACGAAUCCCACACUGUGCAUAGUCCCUCGUCGGGAGUAUCCUCUUCGUGUUAUUCGACUUCUACCUCACCCACAGUUGAGCAUGAAUACGUCCCAACUCCUAGCUCUACUUCCCUGCUUGUUCCCAUGCCAACUUCCUGUUCGGACGAUUCAUUGCAUUUAGCUGAAAAUACACUACCAAGCCAUCGUCCUGUAUUCCCGCAAGAAAUGUCUACUCCCGUUUCCGGUAAACGAAUCCUCCGGAGUUUUAGUCAUUCUUUAGAUGCUCCAAAGCAAUCCAGAGUAUCAUUUUAG